GUUGCCCCUGAUAAAAGCCUCCAAUAAAAGCCUCUAGUGCUAUUUUCUGGAAUUGAAUUAAACAUAUUAACAUAUUGUUAUACAAAGGGGGGGGCGUGGAAGCAAGGCAAGGUGGACUGUGGUGCCAAUCCUAGUGACAUGUCAGCAGAGGAGGAGUUUCUCACCUGUGGACUUCAUAAAAGGCUAGCUCAACACCCUCCAUGAGACACACUCUGCCCCAACCAUCCUGAAGCUACAGGUGCUCCCUCCUGGAAUCUCCAAUGGAUUUCAGUCGCAGAAGCUUCCACAGAAGCCUCAGCAACUCCUUGCAGGCCUCUGUAGUCAGUACAGUGGGCACGCAGCGCCUCGGGAUGACACCCAGCGUUUAUGGGGGUGCUGGAGGCCGAGGCAUCCGCAUCUCCAACUCCAGACACACGGUGAACUAUGGGAGCGACCUCACCGGCGGCGGGGACCUGUUUGUUGGCAAUGAGAAAAUGGCCAUGCAGAACCUAAAUGACCGUCUAGCGAGCUACCUAGAAAAGGUGCGGACCCUGGAGCAGUCCAACUCCAGACUUGAAGUGCAGAUCAAGCAGUGGUACGAAACCAACGCCCCGAGGGCUGGUCGUGAUUACAGCGCGUAUUACAAACAAAUUGAAGAGCUGCGAAAUCAGAUUAAGGAUGCUCAACUGCAAAAUGCUCGAUGUGUCCUGCAAAUUGAUAAUGCUAAACUGGCUGCUGAGGACUUCAGACUGAAGUAUGAGACCGAGAGAGGAAUACGCCUAACAGUGGAAGCUGAUUUCCAAGGCCUGAAUAAGGUCUUUGAUGACCUAACCCUACAUAAAACAGAUUUGGAGAUUCAAAUUGAAGAACUGAAUAAAGACCUAGCUCUCCUCAAAAAAGAGCAUCAGGAGGAAGUCGAUGGUCUAUACAAGCAUCUGGGCAACACUGUCAAUGUGGAGGUUGAUGCUGCUCCAGGCCUGAACCUUGGUGCCAUCAUGAAUGAAAUGAGGCAGAAGUAUGAAGUCAUGGCCCAGAAGAACCUUCAAGAGGCCAAAGAACAGUUUGAGAGACAGACUGAAGUUCUGCAGCAACAGGUCAUAGUGAACACUGAAGAAUUAAAAGGAACUGAGGUUGAACUAACAGAGCUGAGACGCACCUCCCAGAGCCUCGAGAUAGACCUCCAGUCCCAUCUCAGCAUGAAAGAGUCUUUGGAGCACACCCUAGAGGAGACAAAAGCCCGUUACAGCAGCCAGUUAGCCAACCUCCAGUCGCUGUUGAGCUCUCUGGAGGCCCAACUGAUGCAGAUUCGGAGUGACAUGGAACGCCAGAACAAUGAAUACCAUAUCCUUCUUGACAUAAAGACUCGGCUUGAGCAGGAAAUUGCUACUUACCGCCGCCUUCUGGAAGGAGAAGACGUAAGAACUACAGAAUAUCAGUUAAGCACCCUGGAAGAGAGAGAUAUAAAGAAAACCAGGAAGAUUAAGACAGUCGUGCAAGAAGUAGUGGAUGGCAAGGUCGUGUCAUCUGAAGUCAAAGAGGUGGAAGAAAAUAUCUAAAUGGCUACCAGAAGGAGAUGCUGCUGAGGUUUUGAAAGAAAUGCGGCUAUAAUCUUAUCUGCUCCCUGCAAGAAAUCGGCCAUAAGAAAGCACUAUUAAUACUUUGCAGUGAUUAGAAGGGGUGGGGUGGGGGAAAUCCUAUUUAUCAGACUUUGUAAUUGAAUAUAAAUAUUUUACUCAGAGGAGCUGCAAAUUGCCUGCAAAAAUGAAAUCCAAUGAGCACUAGAAUAUUUAAAACAUCAUUACUGCCAUCUUUAUCAUGAAGCACAUCAAUUACAAGCUAUAGACCACCUAAUAUCAAUUUGUAGGUAAUGUUCCUGAAAAUUGUAAUACAUUUCAAUUAUACUAAACCUCACAAAGUAGAGGAAUCUAUGCAAAUUGCAAAUAAACCGCUUUCUAAUUUUUUCCUGUUUCUGAA